AUGGAUGGUUUAUUGACUGCUGUGAAGACCAUAAACCGGGACUCUGAAUCCCCGUUGGUCGCUGUUGAGGCUCAGACUCGCAAUGACGCUUUCGUCAAACCCGCUGUCGAUCUGAGCCAAGAUAUAUCAUACCAGCAACUGGGACAGAUACUCAAGUCGCGUCCUGGCAACGAUGAGCUUGCAGCAGCUCUUGCGGCUCUGGACCCUUUCAACAAGUCAAGAAAAAUCGACGAGCUUGACAUUCGCAUUCCAGGUCCGACAACAGCUCAGAUUCUUCAAAUUUUAGUCAGCACCACCAUCCCAGACCAUUGGGCAUCUCUGAAUGGCAAGGACAGCAAGGCAAAGGACGCAAAAUGUCGAGCAGCUCUGUUGCGCUGCCUUAGCAGCAUAGCAGGAAUCGGGUCUCUUGUGGCUCAACUUCGAACUCUUAUCGCAAGUUCUCGAGCGGCAGCUCAUCAAGCUGAAGGCUCAAACAAGCAUCUCAUGAUCCAGGAUCUCUUGUCUGUUCUUGCUGCUCUGCUGGAACCAAAGGACUUCCUCUCUCGCAUCUACACCGAUAUCGUAUCGCUUCCUGAGAAUCGAAUUCGACAGCAAGCUGCAUGGAGAGAGUUCGUGUCUCUCGUUGCUACUGGUAAAAUACUUUCCACGGCAGCAGAAGCGCUUACCGUUGCAAAUGCAUCUGAACCCUUAUCAUCCGUCUCUUGGAUUGGGGAUGGCCCUCGUUAUGCAACCUGGCUGGGUGGAAUCAUCGCCCAUCUAGCCUCGAAAAUCAAAGUAGACGAAGUCAAUGACUGGACUUCGCUCGCUUUCCUUACUGGUCGGGCCUUAAGUCUAGGCUAUGCUGAUCAACUAGUCCGAGAGAUCGCUUCGGAAUUGCUAUUUGAGCAGCCAUCUUAUGCACAGUUUGGCUUGCUUGUUGACCAUCUCAGACAGCCGGAGCAGGUUGCUGUGCUGGAAGCUAUCUUCCGUGACGUACAGAAAAAGUACUUUUCAGAUGAUCUUUCAGAGUCAUUCAAGCAGUCAGAUGCAGCCAACAGUGUCAUCUCAGGAGUGGCCGCCCUUUGCAAAAUUGUCAUCGCAGAUCGGCCAUUCUUGAAAGACCAAAUAUUGGGUUGGCUCUCGAAAAGUCAAGGGGGCUCAAUCCAAACAGUCGGUCUACGCCGUGCCUUACUCGCGACGUACAAUGACUCUACUGAUACUUUGAAGUCAUUACUUGCGCUCAGUCUCGAGCAGUUUGGCGACAAGUUCUUUAUCAAACAUGUCCCGAACAUCACACAAAACACGAAUGCUCAAAUUAUCCUGCUAGCAGCAGGUCAGCUCAAUCGACUGGAUCCACUCCAGGUGCACGGAAUUGGACGUACAGGUGUUUUUCUCAACGCAGUUUCCAAUCGACUCGCAGCCUCAUCAAAUAGAGCCCGUUUCCUUGGAAUGAUUGUGGGAACCGGUAUUUCCCAACUCAUUGAAGAGCCCGGCAAGGCCAUGAAAUUUGAUCUUGACGAAAUGCAGAGCGAGGAGGCCCUUUGGUACUUGAGUCUCACCACGGUUCAUGACAAGGUUGGACCAGUUGAAUCUAUCAAAACGCUACAGAAAGCAUCUUCAAGCACACAACAACCGAUCAAAAGCACACAGCCCAAUCGGAAUCAGAAACCAAGUGCACGCUCAAACCGACCUCAAACGAGCAAGAUUGUCGCUAUUGAAGAAAUAGAUGACAGCGAGGAAGAGCCCGAGGAAGACGAUGAUCUCCUCCCGUAUGAAAAACCGGAUGAGGAUGCAGAGGAUGAGGACGAGGACCCUACAUUAAUCCAGCGGAACAAGCCAAGCGCGCCUGUAUACAUUCGCGACUUGAUUUCAUACCUCCGUGAUACUGAGAACGUUGAACGCUACCAUCUUGCCAUCUCGACUGCCCCAUCCUUGAUCAGACGGAAGACAGGAUUCGGAACAGAACUCGCUGAACAAGUUGAGGAACUGGCUUUAACUCUAGUCAGUCUACAAAACGACAACAAUCACCCAUCUUUCCACGAAUCACGUCUGCAGAGCAUGAUUGCCCUCAUAGUCUCGCAGCCACUCAAAAUGGGCCGUUGGUUCACCGCAAUCUUCUUCGAUGGAGAUCUGUCCCAAGUCCAGCGAUCUGCCGUGCUUACAGCCUUGGGUCUUAGCGCCCGUGAGAUUGCAGGCAAUGGUGAAGGGGAUGCAAAGGCACUGUCUCUCCCGACUCUGGGCGAUACAUCAUUCCCAUCCAAGCGGCUUUCACCUGCUUUGGAAGCCGUGUUCAUGGGCGCAAACGAAUCUCCUAUUGCGACUCUCACCAGAGAGAUGUCGCGAACAUCCUUGCAACCACUGGCGGCCGAUGCAGCAGACCGGAUGGCAGGUCCAAACGCACUCAAGGUGCGCACUUUCUCAUCGCGAAUGGAGGUCGAGAAGAAGCGGCAGCAGCGCGAGGCUCAGCGACAGAAGAAUGUUGUGAAAGAUGUACACAAGGUGCUCGCCGAGGGCUUCUUUUAUCCUCUCCAAGGCCGAUUCGAGAUCAUGAUGCUGCAGUUCGCCUCGUCCUCAGCCCCCUCCCACAAUCCAUUCUUCGUACCACAUAUUCUCACACUCUUUCUCCAAACACUCUCCCUCAUCUUCUCGACUGCGGGCCCACAUAGCCCAUCUCUCCCAGGCUUCACCCAUGAAACACUAUCAUUGCUCUUGUCGCUCCACACAGCCCCGAUAUCCAGUGAGCCUACCGUUACCGCGGCACUGCUGAGCUUGUUCUUGGCGGUUGUGGAUGUAAACAUUGCAUCUGGUUCUAACGGCGAAGAACGCCUCGUUACCGAACAUGCUACCAGGGUCAUGGAGCUACGCGAGUGGGCUUCUGAAAUCUUUGAUCGCAUGCCCUCGGGGAGCAGUAAAGCAGACUCCGGUCCAUUUGCUGACCCGCAGGAGCAAGUGCGGACACUGGCUGCGGGGAUAAUGGUGCGGCUUGGGGAGGUCAUAGAACGGUAUCAAGGUCGGUUGAUGGGCGUCAAUGCAGGCUUCAAAUAUUAA